AUGAAGUCCCCCAGCAUUGCUUAUGAUGACGGUGAAGCCACCACACUCAUGAGUACUGAUGCAGAUAGUCUCGAUGGGAUCGCCGAAAUGGUUCACGAAACAUGGGCCCAAGUCAUCGAAGUGCUAAUUGGUAUUGGACUUCUCGCUAGUGAGGCACUCGCGCGUGCUUUGUUUGCAAGGCGUGAUAUACUUCUGCUGGACGACACCUUCAGUGGGCUGGAUGGCGAAACGGAGCAAGCCAUCUUUGAUAAUCUAUUCGGGGUCACAGGCAUAAUCCGACGGUUGAGGACCACUGUAGUCCUGGUUUCUAAUUCGUCUCAGUAUUUCCAAGCUGCGGAUCAUAUCGUGGUUCUUGGAGACCAUCGAAUCAUAGAUCAAGGGAAUUGGCAGAACAUCAAGAUCAAAGCUGCAUCCAUAGCAAAGUUCUCUUCCAGCCAUCACACCAAAGUCAACAACGCCGUCCUCUCUGCGAAGUUUGAUGAACUCAGUGCACAACUGCGAGCAAAAGACGAGACCGAAAUAGACCUAGCACGACAGACUGGAGAUCCCGCUCUAUAUGGGUAUUAUCUGAGUUUCAUUGAUUUUGAGAACAUUUUUCUCCUUAUCACCAGCACUGUAUUAUAUGCUUUCUUCAUCACUAUCCCCCAGUACUGGGUUCGGUUGUGGACAGAGUUAGGUGGCAGAAGCACCGCUUUCUACGUCAGCGGAUUUCUCAUUCUAUCAACCCUGUCGUGGAUCUCAACCAGCGCUCAGAUGUGGUAA